UCUCAACCUAUCCAGCUUUGUUCUAUAAUAAGGGUUGGCCAAACCCUGGGAUACCACAAGCAACAGCUCCUAUCAGACCUACCCAGGCUAGAGAAAAACGAAUUAUAAGCAUAACCGACCCAGAAUCAGGUCGUAAGAUAACGGAUGAAAUUAUCAAUAACAGACAACAUUCUGUAGAUUCAGAGGAACACAGUGAAGAUAUGCCUGCUGUAAGAAAUUAA